GUACUAUGUUCCUUUCAAUAACAAGUCACAUCAAAGUUUGUGGUUGAAAUAUGACAAAAUAUUUCAAGUCUGAAGCGGUAUGAACCUUUAUGUCAUGUUCUGAGGAAGUCUUUCAGCCCACAUGCAGAAUCAAACAGCGGACAAACAAUAAAAAAUACACUGGGUCUGGGUCCAGUGAUUCCUGAAGAGGAGACUGGGUUGUUAACUGCAGAUUUAAUACUGAUAUUCUGUAAAUGAUGAAAUAACCAUCUUACAACCAGGAGGAGGGAUGUGGACGUUAGGUUUCUGCUGGUGAGAUCCCACCUGGUUCUGUUUGACCGUCUGAGUUUUGGUUUGGUGGAUCCAAAGACGGGUAGAACACCGGCAGGUUUCACAGGCGACUGAAUCGGAGGAAGCACUCAAUGAGGGAACAGCCUGGUAAGUUUCGGAUACUGCUCGGGCAAAGUGACAGCAACCUGGAGACACAGGUAGAAUCAGUUCCUGAAAACACUGAGUGAUACUCGAGGGAAAUAUAGAGCCAUUCUAACAGCAUUGGUUCAGCAGCAAAGAUCCUGAUGGGAACAGGAAGUCUCACACGCACACUCACACGGUGUGUGAAAUACAACAAAGUUUGUGGUUGUAACAUGAUAAAAUUGUGGAAAAGUUCAAGGGAUAAAAGACUUGUGUAAGGCACUGCAUGGGCAUGAAGUUCAUACGGUUACAUCUUCAGAGCAUUUGUGUACCUCUUCAAUCUAUAAUUUAAUUUUAAAAGGAGAAAUCUGCAAAUCUAUACCUAAUUCAAAGGUUAGUUGGAUGCUGAAAGGUUUAUCCCUGUGGGAGAUCGUUUCAGCUAUCAUUUCUAAUUAGUUACAGAAGUUGGAUUUUGGUCAGGAGUGCCUGCCACUGUGAAACCAGUCAUCAUAAUCUUAACUUUGACCCCCCUCUUUUCUUCCCCCAUAAAAAAUCUGGAAAGUAAAAAGUGUCAUGGGGCUCGUGAGUUUUUUAAGGGAAUGAGUGUUGCAAAAUAUCAUAAUUUAACAGGAACAAAUCAGUUGGAAAUACGUCUAAUGCACUUUGUGUCAAGUGACGCAAGACGCAGGAAAUCUCCUGCAUGCUUAACCUCACGAUUUAAAGCGGGGAGGGGGAGCGGGGACUGUGAUGACCCUGCUGCUGGUUUUGACGUAGGAGCCGCAGACCUGGCGAAUGGUCAGCCGUGUGCGCUCCUGGCAGGCUUUAUAAAAGCAGAGCGCUCCCAGUCAAGCAGCCCAGCCGGGUCACCUCAGCUUCUACUCUUCUUCUGCUGCCAUUUAUUCUGCUUUUUCUUCUUGUUUUCCCCAAAAAAUAAUUUUUUUUAAAUUAUUUUAAUCAAAAUCAACAUGAAUUCUCACUGCAACGGGAAAGUCGGAGAAACCGCGGUGGAGGAGUUCCACUGCAACAAUGGCUUCAACGACCUCAUCAUCGACACCAAGAAGUCCGCCGUGGUCCACCGCAAGCAUGAGGUGUCCCGCAAGGAGACCGAGGACGAGUCCCGCUUACCCGUGCUGGAGGCCGCCUACACCAGCAUCCUGAGGCACCUGGGAGAGGACACGGACCGGGAUGGUCUGUUGCGCACGCCGCUGCGCGCCGCCAAGGCCAUCCAGUUCCUCACCAAGGGCUACCAUGAGACCAUUGAUGACAUCCUGAACAACGCCAUAUUUGACGAGGACCACGAUGAGAUGGUGAUUGUGAAGGACAUAGAUGUGUUUUCCCUGUGCGAACAUCAUUUGGUACCAUUUUUUGGAAAGGUUCACAUUGGCUACAUCCCAAACAAAAAAGUGGUGGGACUCAGCAAGCUGGCAAGGAUUGUGGAGAUCUUCAGCCGCCGUCUUCAGGUUCAAGAGCGUCUGACGAAGCAGAUCGCCAUGGGAAUAUGUGAUGCGCUGCAGCCGAAAGGUGUGGCUGUAGUUGUAGAAGCAGCUCACAUGUGCAUGGUGAUGCGCGGUGUCCAGAAGAUGAACAGCCGCACGGUGACGAGCACCAUGCUGGGAGUUUACCUUGAGGACCCCAAGACCCGGGAGGAGUUCCUGGCUCUAGCGAUGCGCGCCUAACGGACCUCAAGCCGCUUUUCAUUCCCGAGCCACUGCAGCGGAUGGAAAGUCAUGGAUUCACCGUGGGUUCUGCUUGUGACACCAGAUGGGAAAGAGACAUGAAGUUGCUGCAUGACCUCCAGCCUGUUGAGUUAACCGCAAAAUACUGAAGCCUGAGAGAUUUCUGUUGAAUCACUGUGAACCCAACAAGCAUAUUCUUGGUGCCUUUAUUACUCAUUAUACUGUCUUGCACAGCAAUAUUGUUGUUAUGAAAUAUGUAAUCUAAGUGCAAUACUGUAACAUGGCAACUUAAGAUACGUAACAGUAUUUGUCUUUUGUUUUUCUUUCCGAUGGGAAUUUCAUUUUUGCUUUUCCAAAGUGUUAUUUACGUAAUCCAAACUUAUUUGUCAUUUAUAUAAAUUUUUAAAACCUUUGAAUUUUAUUGACAUUUGUGAUAUGAAUCAAAUAUCUAAAGAUGAAAGAGUCCACCCAAUCAAUGUAAAUCUGUGAUCAAAGAUAAUAUUGUCUUCUGAAGUCUUAAUAAAUAAAGCUUUCUAAACAU